CCUCAGCACUCUUCUCCAGCUCAAAGGAGUUCUUUUACCUGCUUUGUUCACUUGUCCAGCUCUCACAUUUGUACAUGGAAACAGGGGAUACAAUGGCUUGGAUGAUCCUGAUUUAAGUGCUGAAUUGUAUAUUUGGAUUGGCCUCAUUUUCCAACUAUAUUGAGAACCAAUUUAUCUAUCUAUUUAUUUAUCCAUGUGUUUUAUUUGAAGCAUUUCUGUCUCUAGAGCACCAAGAUGACACACAGUGUCUGGUGUGUAGCAGUUAAGAAGCCACAAAAUGGCUUCCUUCCUCCCUCCUUUGUCUUCCUGAAAGGCAGUUCAGUAGCACCAGAGGCCUAAUCUGGAGCAGACCCCAUAAGAAGACUGCAGACUCUGUUUCUUUACUCACGUGAAAUCAUGAAUCCUUCAAAAUACUAAUUUUCAUCAUUGACCUAAAAUGUGGAGAGCCAUCUGUUUGUAGGGGAAUGCUUCCAGAAGAGAUUACUUGCAAUUGAUCAAGUGUUGUUAUUUCCCCCCCUUUCAGCUUCCGGUCUCCUUUGAGGAGGCGGCUGUGUAUUUCACUAAGGAGGAGUGGAGUCUCCCGGAUCCAGGCGGCAGGGCUUUCUGCAAGGAAGUCAGGAUGGAAGAUGAUGGGACCGUGGCCAUUGCAGACGAUGAACAAGAGAAGGAGAAUUUUGCGGAGCUCACUGUGGCAUCACAGGAAACAGCCAAGAUUGUGGUGGAGAAAGAGGAGUUGGGAAAUCAAAGGCAACUGAGAAGCCAAAAGAAAAACCUCUCAAAGAAUGGGAAGAAGAAGUCAUCUGCUUCUCAGGAUGAUGAUAUUUGGGAACCCCUGACCCUCCAGGAAAACUACAAAGGGAAAAGAAGGGUCAACUGCUCUGUCUGUGGAAAAAUAUUCCAAUAUAAAUUUCCAAACAGAAUCCAAACAGAGGAGAAGUCAUACGAAUGCAAGGAAGACGGAGGGAGCAUCAGCCAGACUGGAAAUCUUCAUGCACAUCCAGGAAUCGACAUGGGCGAGAAACCAUAUAUGUGUAAGGAAUGUGGAAAGAGCUCCAGCGAUAGCAAACAUCUACAUUCACCUCAAAGGACCCACACAGGGGAGAAAUCAUACGAAUGCAUGGAAUGUGGAAAGAGCUUUCAUCAUAGUACUAAUUUUCAUUCACAUAAAAAAAUUCACACGGGGGUGAAACCAUAUGAAUGCAUGGAAUGUGGAAGGUGCUUCGGUAGGAAAGAACAUCUUACUGUACAUCAAAGGACCCACACAGGGGAGAAACCAUUUGAAUGCAUGGAAUGUGGAAAGUGCUUUGGUAGGAGAGAUGGUCUUAAUGUACAUCAAAGAACCCACACGGGUGAGAAACCAUUUGAGUGCAUGGAAUGUGGAAAGCGCUUCACUCACAACUGUAGCCUUAGUUUACAUCAAAGAACCCACACAGGGGAGAAACCAUACGAAUGCAUGAAAUGUGGAAAGAGCUUCAGUCAGAUGGGAAAUCUUCAGUCGCAUCAAAGAACUCACACGGGGGAGAGACCAUUUAAAUGCAUGGAGUGUGGAAAGAGCUUCUCUCUUAGUCACGCUCUAAAUUCACAUCUCAGCACCCACACAGGGGAGAAACCAUAUGAAUGCAUGGAAUGUGGAAAGCGCUUCGCUCGGAGCUGUAGCCUCACUUUACAUCGAAGAACGCACACAGGAGACAAGCCAUAUAAAUGCAUGAAAUGUGGAAAGAGCUUCAGUCAGAGUGCAAAUCUAUAUUCGCAUCGAAAAACCCACACGGGAGAGAAACCCUAUAAAUGCAUGGAAUGUGGAAAGAGUUUCAGUCAGAGUGCGCAUCUACAUACACAUCAAAAAUCUCACACAGGGGAGAAGCCAUAUAAGUGUGUGACAUGUGGAAAGAGCUUCAGUAGGACAGAUGGUCUUCAGGUACAUCAAAGGUCCCACACAGGGGAAAAACCAUACAAAUGCAUGGAAUGUGGAAAGUUCUUCAGUCAGAGUGCAGUGCUACAUAAACAUCAAAUACUCCACACAGGAGAGAAACCAUAUGAAUGCAUAGAAUGUGGGAAGACCUUCUGUCAUGUUGCAAUGUUACGUUCACAUCAAAGGACUCACACCGGGGAGAAACCACAUAAAUGCAUGGAAUGUGGAAAGAGCUUCUCUCACAGCCAAAGUUUACAGUCGCAUCAAAGGACCCACACUGGGGAGAAACCAUUUAAGUGCAUGGAAUGUGGAAAGAGCUUCAGACAGUGGGCACAUCUAAAUACACAUCAAAAAAUGCACACAGGGGAGAAACCGUACAAAUGCAUGGAAUGUGGAAAGAGCUUCCCUCAGAGCCAGUCUUUAAAUUCACACUUAAGAACCCACACGGGGGAAAAACCAUAUAAAUGCAUGGAAUGUGGAAAGAGCUUCUCUCACAGUCAAAGUUUACAUUCACAUCAAAGAACCCACAAAGGUGAGAAACCAUAUAAAUGUAUGGAAUGUGGAAAGAGCUUCUGUCAGAGAAUACAUCUACAUUUACAUGAAAAAACCAACACAGGGGAGAAACCAUUUA